AAAAGAUCUACAAGAGAUUGUUCAUGCUCUCAAGACUGAAUUUUCAGAACUAAGAAUCAAGGAAUAUCACGGUAAAUCUGAUCCAAUAGAAAAAGCUCAAGAUUUCAGCAAUGUAAAAGAAUCAUAG